AUCUCCUCUCAUGCAGUUCCAAAGAGGACUCCCUGGCUUACCAGCUUCACUUGGAACUUGAUGAGCAGCUGCAUUACCUGCAACUGAAGCAUUUACAGUAUAUUGGCCAUUCUUCCUUGGUGGAUGCUGACCUUUCUGCUCUUGAGGAGACCUGUCUGUCUGUUACAGACCAGUAGAGAGGUGAGUACAAAGACAUAUCCUGCUGUCUACUAUCUGACACCAUUCUGCUGUCUGCCAUGUGGGUCAUGAAAUGUACAGUACUUUCACUUUUGAAUGUAGCAAUAGUAACAACCUUAAAAGUAAGGUUCAAAGUAAAAGUACUUAAAAGUAAGUAAGAUUAAAAGUAAGAUUACAUUUAUACUGUAAACUUAGUGUUGAGAUUAACUCAAGUAAUUCUUUAUUUUACAUUCAAUUUGGCUAUAAGUACUGAGAUGACCUUCAAUCAAACAUGCAAUGGGAAAAAUCAUGCAUAAUUUAAUCGAAAUAACAGUGUCAUUCAUCUUCAUGGCGUGUUAACCAAAAUGCAGUUUUAAUUGAAUACCAGCCAUAGCCGGGGCGGCAGGUAGCUUUGUGGUUAAGAGUGUUGUGCCAGAAACCGAAAGGUCGCUGGUUCUAAUCCCCGAGCCGACUAGGUGAAAAAUCUGUCGAUGUGCCCUUGAGCAAGGCACUUAACCCUAAUUGCUCCUGUAAGUCACUCUGGAUAAGAGCGUCUGCUAAAUGACUUAAAUGUAAAUAGUCAUAGGCCUUUCCUGCAGUCAAAUGACCAAAUCUCCCUCUAUUGGCCUCAUGGGUGAAAUGUUAUUAAUAGUUUUCAUAAUUUCAUAAUUAAUCAACAUUAUUUCAAACAACCUGCCGAAAAUCUGGUGUUUGUAUGUCAAACGGUUUUGUUAUAUUCUUAUAUUUCAGUCUUCUGUGAUGUAUAUAAAGUGCAAUAUUGGGAUGCAAACUCAAAAUUGAAGACAUUUUAACUCUAUAUCUGACAUGGUACAGGUGUCUUCUUCUUUUUAAGCCCAUAAUCAUGUGUGUGAGAUGUAUACCUUUGUUUCAAAGUAGAUUUGUUUAAGACUACCAAGAAACACUUUGUGUGACCCUGAUUUAGCCCACUGCAGUACAAUUAAGAAAUACAGUGGUGAUGUCAGUCAAAUUUCAGAAGGAUAAUUUACAAUUGUAAAAUACUACAAGGACAUAAUGUACUGGACCUGAACAGUGAAAUAUUUUUGUUAUGGUUAUGGAAGGCUUAUGGCUACUUUUCCCAUCUAUAGCACUAUUUUCAGUCAAUGGAAACUGUCAUCUUUUUGUGUUGGUGGUAGCUGUGACCUUCUUCCUUUCAAGCCUUUCUUGGAGAAAGACGUGUCAUGGUAGAUGUAGGUGUUGGUUGGGGGUGUGCAUUCCAAACUCAUAUCUAACUGACUUAGUUUGUACUUUAUUAACAAACCAGAACAUAGACAGAAUAGAUAGACAUGGUCAAACCCCCUUUGAACAACUAGUGGCCUACAUUUUGUAUGUCUUUUACUACACAUCUUUCUAUGAGUGUAAACAUUAGGCUUAAUGAGAGUGGGGAUUAUCCCAAGCAGAACCCAAUGAUUGUUUGACAAUUUUAUAUUUAUUCAGUUCAACACUGCCUGUCUCUGUCUAUGUAGACCUAACUGGUGUCCAUCUGUGUUCAAGCACAUGAUAAAAUGUUAGCGUUUGGAAUGUUUACAGUCUUAAAGCAGAAGCACAUGCAGGUAACCUUAAAAAAAUGCACUUAUCGCCUAAGCUAAUUAAGGCGUUGUGGCCUUGAAUCGAGCAGGAUGCAACUCCCUCGCUGAUCCCGUCUACCCAGUACCACCCAGGUUUUGUUUCAGAAUAGCUCAAAUGGCAAUGUUAAAUAGCCACCCCUAACUACUAACUUUGAUAGUAUUACUAUGGAGAUAUGGAGAUGGCUACCCAUUAUUAGACUGUACUGUUAGCUUCCUGGUUGUUUCAUAGUUUGGGACCAGAAAUAUGAAAAACAUACAGUAAAUGUUUUGCUCACGUCCAUCAAGUUAAACAUGAUCUAUUUGAAUGUAGACAUACCACUACAUUCCAUUCACAACCAGACUGUAACUCAACAUUAUCUGACCGACAGGUUUAACAAAGGGUUAAAGAGGGGAGGUGUGUUAUCAGACUCACUCUCUCUCUCUCUCUCUCUCUCUCUCUCUCUCUCUCUCUCUCUCUCUCUCUCUCUCUCUCUCUCUCUCUCUCUCUCUCUCUCUCUCUCUCUCUCUCUCUCUCUCUCUCUCUCUCUCUCUCUCUCUCUCUCUCUCUCUCUCUCUCUCUCUCAAGUAUGUCCUAAGCUCUCUCUCUGUCUCCCUUCCUCAGCCCAAGGAGCUUUAGAGAGGGAAUAAAGUCCUCAGUGGAUAUCAACAACACAGACAGUGGUGGAUUCGAAAAGGAUAUCCAUCCUAUGGUAAAAGGAAACAGAAGUUCCCCUCCACUAUCUGGGUAAGUAGCUGUGUGAGUUGUAGUGUGUUGUAGUAGUGUGUGAGCUGUUGAAACAAGGGAAGGGUAACUGUCAAUAGAGGCGGUUUUGCAUCAGACAAGGGCCAUGUGGUGGAAGUCUGAAGCACAGCACUGCUACUGUGGUGGACUGGGAGGCUCAUGACACACUGAUGGUCUGUUCUACUCAGGUCUAUGACAUAAAGGCUUAGUAAACUGAUAGUAUCAGCCAUUGUUUUAUCAACCUUUCACUUAGACUAUAUGCUGUAUUGUCAUAUUUUGGCAAUAGCUAUUUAGAGGAAUAGGUUAUGAGCUAUGUUUGUAAGUUAAAGCAACUUUAUUUCAGAUGUGGUUAUUUUAUAGUCCUUGGGCGAGUUCAACCCAAUGAAGGGUGGAGGCAUGCUGUCUUUCCUGAUCAAAACUCCUCUAAAACAGAACUGGUAGCAAACCAACUGGUAGCAAUCCAGUUCUGUCUAGUUAUUCUCAUUCACAAAACGAUGCAAAGCAUACUGUAUAUAACCCAUAGUAAACUCACUGUUGCCUUUUCAAAUGAGAGUGUUGUAUAGCUCAUUAUUAACAGUAACGACAACAAGCUGAAUGACAAUGGCGAACCACCCAAAAUCUUGAUGCUAAUAUUACAAAUUGACUAAAAGCCAAAGAGAAACUCUAAGGUAAGUAAAUUACAGACAGACAAUUGAUUUUAAGUGCCCAUUCCCUUAGGUUAGACACUAGAGACCAAUCCAGCGCCUUGUUUGUUAUGUUAUUGGUUGGUCAUUGUGGUUCCUGAGUAGUGAAACAUUUGGCUUUAGGAAGCUAUUUUGGUUUGGACCACCAUUUGGGGGAAGGUUUUCCCUGAAGCUAUGAAACCAGGCUCAUGGGGCUGUCUUUUCACAGCAGCCUAUACUUGCCUUCCUGAUAGAUUACUACUGUUGAACCACAGCCAGUAAUGUGCUCUGUUUCUGGUGAAUAGGAAUUUUUCAACGAUUAGUAAGGAGUAUAGAAAGGCAAAUGAGAUUCAUGUGAAGUGCCUUAGCAGUCAGUCCCUAUGGGUUUGCUGUCAGAGGGCAGCUUGACCCUCAGAGAGAGCCGAGAGUUGAUAGUUUAGGUGCUGCGUCUCAAAUGGCACCCUAUUCACUACAUUGUGCACUACUUUUACCAAAGCUAUAUGGGCUCUGGUCAAACGUAGUGCACUACAGGGAAUACAGUCCCAUUUGGGAUGGAACUCAGACACAGUGGCAGUGAGACUAGGGAGUGUGAACUGUGAACACAGAAACUACUCUCCAUGUUUGCUUUGUGUUGCCCAGAGAAGAUUAGCACAACAUUAAGUCCUUAGACAACAUUUGUUAUUUAAAGCCUUUCCUGGCACAUACGAUUUAAAUAGCUUUACAUUUCCCCCCAUGCUUCAACAGUAUUUCCCUUUAUCUUGUCAAUGGGUUUUAAAUAUUGUGGACACGCAUUGGUUAAUAAAGAAAAUGUGUUUGGUUGUCCUAGGUCAACAGUCUGAGAGUAGCCCUUCAUGCAGCCUUUAUUACAUUUCUGGAUAAAAAGUAUCUUAAAUGGUCAUCCAGAGCACAAAGCUGUAUUAUAGGGCAGAAAAUAAGGUUAUCCAGAUUAAGCUCAAAUCAAUUAACACAGAUAAUGUUUAGCCUUUUCUCAAGUCUUUUUAAUAUACAAUUGUUCAUUGUGUUCUCAGUCCAGCGUUUCUCUCCGAACCCAGUGGCUUUCCUUUACCUAGUCACGUGAAGCCUAGUGACUGCAUCCAUGGUCAGGAGAGUUUAGGCUAACUCCAGUGUCAUCAUGACUUUAUUAAAGUCAUUAGGUCUGUCCUGAGGUCAGCUGUUAUAUUCAUCUCAUUACACCAGUACCAUGCUUUCCACAUUACAUCUCUGCUUUCCACAACAGACUUUCUGUCUGGACAACCCAACAACGUCUUGUUUAUUCUAAGAGCCAAAUAUAGACUGUCAGACAGUUAUCCUCCAGGAGUAUGUUUAACAAAGUCUAGUCCUACUAUCUUAUUUAGCUUUUAAAGAACACAUAGUGUUUAACAUUACUUUUAUUAGAAUUAGGCUAGUGAUUGAUAGCACCAUGUGUAAUCAUCAGCAUCAGUAUAAUGUCUUUAGAACCCUCUUCAGACACAUCAGUUAUAUUUAUUUCCAUAGGUUGCAUUUGAGACUUGGCUUAGUCCACAGGAUCAUCAUCCCCAGCACAGCCAUUGAUGUAGGGAGAAGUAUGGAGCUCCAAAAGAUGAACGGGCAACAUAGCAGGGACCUUGGUCCAGAUAAGCUCAAUUUAGAAGAUGGGUAAGUCUCUUGCUACACCAGAUACCCUAACACUGAACACAAAAGUGCAUCAACAGGCUACCUGUCUGCAUUUCAUUACUCACAGCAAUGCUAAUGGACGGGUAAUGAACAUAUGAUUUUGCUAUCCCUUAAUCUUUGUAUACGUGAGCUUUCUUGUUUCUAAAUGUGUUUAUUUUCUCUCUAGGUUUGAUGGACUGGAGUUCAUAGCAGAGCGGGAUGAGUUCCUGCCAGGGAAGAGCCCAGGAAUAAAAGCACCUCAGUUCACUGAUGUGAGUGCUCAGCCUUAGUUCAAAGGUCAAACGUGGGAGCAUGGGAAAUCAGUCUCUUGUUACUAGAGUAAUUACAUUGUUACUACACAGGUAUAAGAGCAAAUGUAAACUAAAACUAGAUGUUCUACAGCCGAUUCUGUGUGUGUGAUUCUUUCCUUUCUUUCUUGGCCAUAGUUUGAGGGGAAGACGUCAUUUGGAAUGUCCAUCUUUAAUCUCAGCAAUGCCAUCAUGGGUAGUGGAAUUCUGGGACUAGCGUACGCUAUGUCAAACACCGGAAUCGUCCUCUUCCUGUAAGUUACCAUGCCAACACAACACAAGUCGCACUAGUCCUCCUUCUUUGGCAAUAUCACUGUGGUUCCUUAAGGCUUGAUGUCACAGCCCUACCAUGACCUCAGAUCAGACAGAUCUGAGCUGAACGAUGUGUGUGUGUCUGGGUCCAGGCUAUAUACCCAAUAGGGUUAAAGAAUGACACUGGUUAUUUUUAUAGUGUCAUUACACUGGGAUGACACUAUGAUGAAUACACUUUCCAGGCCAUACCAGACCCAAUGUUCGCCAGCAGAUCCAUCAAGGGAAACGUUUGUUUGUUUUACAAGAAAACAGUAGGGCUAUUGUGGGUGUGACUUUCUGGCUGUGUGUGUGUGUACAUUAUUGAGAAGUCUGUUGAGUGUAUAACCUGUUCACUUACUGGUAUAAACACUUGACUCUACUAGUCACAUGCUUGUUAGAUGGGUGGAGCCAAGGGUGCACACACAAGGGGUGAUCGAGGGAUACGGUUUAGCCUGAUCUGUGUUGUGCGUCCGUGUCACCGUUUGUGUGUGUUCACGGUCGCUGCCUGUGUCUGAGUAUGUGGGCUGGCCUAUCAGUGUGUGUAUAUUAGUGCUCAUACACACGAUGCUCUCCUAAAUCAGAUUUGUGGUUAUAAAUAGCUUGUAGUGAUAAGAACAGAUCCACGGUAGGUCUGCCUGGAUCAGUCCUGCGUGUCCAUUGGACUGGCAGGCCAGUGAGCUGCAUCACAAACAAAUCACACUUGUGAUGGUCAUUCAUAUAACCUAGGCGUACUGUAGUAGUACAACAGCGAGAGAAAUUGGGUCAGCGGCAGAGUUACUGAGUCAUUAGCCUUAACUUCAGCCGUUAAGCUGUCUAGAACCGCGAGACUACUGAGGCAUUGAUGAGGCCGUGCCAAAUGUAGUACUGAUAUGUUGAUUUAGCUAGUUAGACUAAUUACAGAUCUUUACCCUGUUACGAGAUCAGGGUUCUGAUUGAUGUGUGUGUUUGUUUUCAGUAUCCUGUUGCUAUGCAUCGCCAUUUUGUCAGCCUAUUCCAUCCACCUCCUCCUGAGAAGUGCAGGAGUUGUAGGUAAGAUGCUGGUAUUUCACCAAGAUACCUAUCUCUUUAUUGAAACCAAGAACAUUUGUAGUAUAGCCUACCAUUACUUAAUAUGUCCAAGGAACUACAGUACGUGGCUAAAGGAUGUAAUGGUUCGCCUGAAAGCAACAACCACAGAGACAAUAUUAACAUGCAUGUGUAUGUGUUAUUUCAGGCAUCCGUGCCUAUGAGCAGCUAGGGCACCGUGCCUUUGGACAACCAGGCAAAGUGUUGGCUGGCUCCAUCAUCACCAUGCACAACAUUGGAGGUACAGUAUAUUAUGUGACCGUCAGGCCAUGAUUGGCAUAUGUUAUUAUAUGUAAGCCUCAUGUACAGUACCAGUCAAAAGUUUGGACACACCUACUAAUUCCAGAGUUUUUCUUUAUUUUUACUAUUUUCUACAUUGUAGAAUAAUAGUGAAGACAUCCAAACUAUGAAAUAACACAUAUGGAAUCAUGUAGUAACCAAAAAAGUGUUAAACAAAUCAAAAUAUAUUUUAUAUUUGAGAUUCUUCAAAUAGCCACCCUUUGCCUUGAUGACAGCUUUGCACACUCUUGGCAUUCUCUCAACCAGCUUCACCUGGAAUGCUUUUCCAACAGUCUUGAAGGAGGUCUCGCAUAUGCUGAGCACUUGUUGGCUGCUUUUCCUUCACUCUGCGGUCCGACUCAUCCCAAACCAUCUCAAUUGGGUUGAGGUUGGUGGGAUUUUGGAGGCCAGGUCAUCUGAUGCAGCACUCCAUCACUCUUCUUCUUGGUAAAAUAGCCCUUACACAGCCUGGAGGUGUGUUGGGUCAUUGUCCUGUUGAAAAACAAAUGAUAGUCCCACUAAGCCCAAACCAGAUGGGAUGGCGUAUCACUGCAGAAUGCUGUGGUAGCCAUGCUGGUUAAUUGUGCCUUGAAUUCUAAAUAAACCACAGACAGUGUCACCAGCAAAGAACCCCCACACCAUAACACCUCCUCCUCCCUGCUUUACGGUGGGAAAUACACAUGCGGAGAUCAUCCGUUCACCCACAGUGCAUCUCACAAAGACAAGGCGGUUGGAACCAAAAAUCUCACAUUUGGACUCAUCAGACCAAAGGACAUAUUUCCACCAGUCUGAUGUCCAUUGCUCAUGUUUCUUGGCCCAAGCAAGUCUCUUCUUCUUAUUGGUGUCCUUUAGUAGUGGUUUCUUUGCAGCAAUUCGACCAUGAAGGCCUGAUUCACACAGUCUCCUCUGAACAGUUGAUGUUGAGAUGUGUCUGUUACUUGAACUCUGUGAAGCAUUUAUUUAGGCUGCAAUUUCUGAGGCUGGUAACUCUAAUGAACUUGUCCUCUGCAGCAGAGGUAACUCUGGGUCUUCCAUUCCUGUGGCGGUCCUCAUGAGAGCCAGUUUCAUCAUAGCGCUUGAUGGUUUUUGCGACUGCACUUGAAGAAACGUUCAACGUUCUUGAAAUGUUCCGUAUUGACUGACCUUCAUGUCUUAAAGUAAUGAUGGACUGUCAUUUCUCUUUGCUUAUUUGAGCUGUUCUUGCCAUAAUAUGGACUUGGUCUUUUACCAAAUAGGGCUAUCUUCUGUAUACCACCCCUACCUUGUCACAACACAACUGAUUGGCUCAAACACAUUAAGAAGGAAAGAAAUUCCACAAAUUAACUUUUAAGAAGGCACACCUGUUAAUUGAAAUGGAUUCCAGGUGACUACCUCAUGAAGCUGGUUGAGAGAAUGCCAAGAGUGUGCAAAGCUGUCAUCAAGGCAAAGCAUUUGUUUAAGACUUUUCUGGUUACUACAUGAUUCUAUAUGUGUUAUUUCAUAGUUUUGAUGUCUUCACUAUUAUUGUACAAUGCAAAAAAAUAUAUAUUAAUAAAGAAAAACCCUGGAAUGAGUAGGUGUGUCCAAGCUUUUGACUGGUACUGUAUGUACUCACUUAAGUGCAAGUACAAGUGUCAUUGAAAAUGCUUCCGUCAUACUGUGUGUGUGUAAACGCGUUUUGUUUUCCAUUUCCCAUAGCGAUGUCCAGCUACCUCUUCAUUGUAAAGUCUGAGCUCCCGUUGGUCAUGCAGGCCUUUCUGGGCCUGACGGAAAAUACUGGGUAAGUGUUUCUAGAGGGCAGUUGUUAUUGUUAUUUCAUAAUGUAGGCUAUAAAACAGGUCCUUUUUUAGUGUUAUUUGAUAGAUUGCUAUGAAAGUUGACCUGUUCUAUGUUGUCUAAUGUUCCUGCUGUCUGUCAGAGAGUGGUACUUAGAUGGAAAGUACCUGAUCAUCACCGUAAGCGUCAUCAUCAUCUUACCACUCUCACUCAUGCGACAUCUUGGUAUGUUUCCUCUAUCACUAAUUUCUCUCGUCUCCAUUUUUCAUAUUUCAUACUUUUUGUAACAUAAUGUAAUGAUAAUGAUACAUGCACAGAGUAACAUGACAUGGCUCUAUUUAACACAGUGUGUUCUUGUCAUUACUUCACAGGGUACCUGGGCUACACCAGUGGCUUCUCUCUCUGCUGUAUGGUUUUCUUCCUUAUCUCCGUGAGUCUUCUUUGUCUUCAACCUUCAAACCAAUCUCCCAACCAACUCAACAAUACAUAGCCUGGUCCCAGAUCUGUUUGUGCUGUCUUGCCAACUCCCAUGGUUGUAAUGGUCAAUACAGUGCUUGCUUGACUAAAAAGUCAGUUGGUCCCUCCCACUAGGUGAUCUAUAAGAAGUUCAACAUCCCGUGUCCACUGGAGAAGAUAACCAGUCAUGAUAACCACUCAUUCGUCUCCCCAGCGUACGGCACCUCUGAUGUGGACUUCUGUGAACCAAAGUUCUUCACCAUCAACAUGCAGGUCAGAGAGGAAGACAAAUUAUACAGUCAGAUAUUAUAUUUAAAAUUAAAUAAGAUAAUGGUAUACUGUAUGGAGUUAAGGAUUUGUUGUGGCAAUAUACAGUAUGUGUUUAUUAUACUCCAAUGAGCUGCAAGCUCUGUUUGUAGUUUUUAACCAUUUAAUUUGUGGUCUGUUUUGUUGUCAGACAGCAUAUACCAUCCCCAUCCUGGCUUUCGCUUUUGUCUGCCAUCCUGAGGUGCUUCCCAUCUACACAGAGCUACGAGAGUAAGUCAUGACUUGACUCAAUUCAGAUUAGAGAUGCAACACAUAUCUGCAUGGUUCACACACAUACAGUUACUGCCAAAUUCAGCUACUAAUCUAUCUCUGUCUGUCCACUUUGACCUUAGCGCCACCAAGAAACGCAUGCAGACGGUUGCCAACAUCUCCAUUCUGGCCAUGUUCGUCAUGUACGGGCUAACCGCUAUCUUCGGUUACCUCACCUUCUUUGGUAAGACACUGCUCCUGAAGCAAUGAGAAUUUUGAAGUACUUGUUCAGACUGUUCACUCAUUUUGUUACCAUGUUGCAACCGUAUUGAGAAGUCAGGAAUUGGAGAACUGGUAAAUGAACGUAUCUUUAUGGUUAUGACCUUUUUAAGGCAUCUGUGUCUAGAAGUAUAACCACCAUUCUCUGUUCCUCUGUGUUUCAGGUGGAGUAGAGACAGUGCUCCUUCAUACAUACAUUAAAGUGAACCCCUUAGACACCCUGAUCCUGUGUGUGCGUAUGGCUGUGCUGGUGGCUGUUACUCUUACUGUCCCUGUGGUACUCUUUCCGGUGAGACUCAAAUCUGUCAUGCAGCCCUGAACAGUAUGAGUGCGUGCUAGCCUUUUGUUUAUGUAUUCUCCUAUUGUCUUGAAGGGCCCAGUAAUGUUACAAGAAUUCAUCUUUAUUACAAAAUAAGCACUUAAGUUACUGCAGUAUGAGCAUGAGGAUAAUUAAGCUCUAGACCCCUCAAGACCCUCCUUCUAGGUCGCUAAUUGGCUAACAGGUUUCAAGAACGUAUUUGACCUGCUUCUCCUGAGACAUAGUCUGCAUCCCAAAUGGACACAGCCACGGUGUGUGAUGCAGGCCUGGUGACACCUCUCUGUCCCUCCUCCCCCCUCUGCAGAUCCGCAGGGCCCUGCUGCAGCUGCUGUUCCCUGAGAAGCCCUUCCACUGGGCUCACCACAUCUCCAUCGCCGUGUGUCUCCUCAUCAUCGUCAACCUACUGGUCAUCUUCGUGCCCACCAUUCGAGACAUCUUCGGCGUCAUUGGUAAGUGUGCAGAAAGACGGAGACAUGUAAAAUGACUGGUUGUGGUUUCAGUGCAAACCUAGUUUAGAUUCAGGGACUAUUGUUAUCCAAAGUGGAAACUAAAAUGAGUACUACUUUAAUGGCCUCUAAUAGUUUUGUUCUUAUUGAAAAUAUUCACAUUCGACCUCUCCCAUCCCUCCUCCUCUUCACCCCUACAUUCAUCACUCCCUCCUUUCGUCCUUUCGUCCACCUGUUCCCCCUUCCCACCCUAGGGGCGACCUCUGCACCCAGCCUAAUCUUCAUCCUCCCGGGAAUCUUCUACAUCAGGAUUGUUCCUGAAGAAACAGAGCCUUUAAAAUCCAUACCAAAGAUGAUGGUAAAACCUCAAUCUGUUGUCUCAUCUUGUUUAGCAAUGUAGCAGUAAAUAGUCUUCAGUAAUUACAGUCAAGCUUAUUAAUCAAUGUCUGAGAAUUUGCUCUCAUCCCUCUCUUUUUGCCUCCCUUUCUCUCUCUCUGCAGGCUGCCUGUUUUGCUGCGUUAGGCUUCGUCUUCAUGGUGAUGAGUAUGUCAUUCAUCAUCAUUGGUUGGGUGUCCGGAGAGUCUCGGAGCGGAGGCGGGCACUAGCAACAGACCACAAUAAACAGUAAUACCAGCAAAAUGCCAACCAAAGCUCUCCCAAACAUCAAAUUCCCCACGACGUGCCCAUUAUUUAACCAUAGCCAAAUGAGAGGGCCUCGGCUGGACAUGGAAAAUAAUAUAUCAUUAAAAUUCCCCCACAAGAUGGCAUUACGUUCCAUGUGGUGGUAGGUCAUGUAUGGGGUGGGAAACACAGAACCAGCAACACAAAGCAACAGCUCUGAGGUGACAAACAUUAUGGUUUGCUUUCAGUAUGUUGUUUCGAGGCACUAAUAAAGUUGUCGCAGAGACAACAGGUUCUGAGGGUAAUGAUAGUAUUUAUGUUAUAAGUGUACCAAUGAAUGGCUUCAUCAUUGCCAAAGUCAUCAUUAC